CAACCUCGCUCGCAGAGUCACAGCCCUCUCUCAUCUCAAAACUCUCGACUUUGAUCACGAGAGCUCCUAAUAAUACUCGGAUUAAAGCACUCCGACUUCACAUGGUCGUACCAACCACGGCGGCUCAUGGACUCAUAAUGUCGCUGCCACCGUGGCAGCUCUCCCUACGCAGGCUGUCCGCGACGAAGCCGGUCUUUCUGCGCCUCCAGACGCUCCCCUUCUCUGUCUCGGUCCCGCGCGAUGUCCGCCAGCGCCCGGGUGCGGUUCGACGGGCUCAGCACGCAUCUGUAGGGGAGGCUCUUUCCCCUCUGUACGCAGGUGAAGCGCCGCUAGAAGGGCGAGUCUCGGCCGAAGCCGACAAGUCACCCACCGCUGUCGCGACGAAGCUCAGGGGAAAGCCUCGGCCGAAGCAACGGGACGACGGAUCCAGCCACGGCGCGCAACCGCGCAAGGCACCACAGCAGCCGACUGCCUCCCCAACUUCGGAGGCGCAGGCAUCAGCCGCCGCCGCCCUCGAGCGUGCAGUCGCCCAGAUCCCCGCCGACUCCCGCUCCCUCGCCACUUACAAGCUCAUCCGGCACUCCGCCUCCGAGCCCCUGACAGUGAAGUCCUCCCGCGCCGAAGUCCAUCAACUUGCCGCCGCCGAGCGCUUCUUCGAUCGGCACCCCUGCCAGCUCCUCUACUCUGCCGCGUCCGCCUCCCCGCGCCAGCACGCCCCCAACGCGCACAUCCCCGAGGUGGCCAUCCUCGGCGCCUCCAAUGUCGGCAAGUCGUCCUUUCUCAACGCCCUCGUCGGGCGAACCCGCGGCCGCGGCGGCGUCGCGCACGUCAGCCAGCGCCCCGGUCGCACCACCCUGAUGAACGUCUUCGGCGUCGGCCCGCGGCCCAAGAUCCCCGCCUCGCUCGUGAAGAAGGGCGCCGCCCCGCCGCGCCACAGCCUCAUCCUCGUCGACACUCCCGGGUACGGGUACAGGAGCCAGGCGAGCUGGGGCGAGGCCGUGACGGGCUACAUCCGUGGCCGCCACAUGCUGCGCGGCGCAGUGCUGCUCCUCUCGUCGGAAAAGGGCAGGCUCCUCCCUGAGGACGAGUGGCUGCUGAGGACGCUGGCCGAGGCCAACACGCGUACGCUUGUCGUAUUGACCAAGGCGGAUAAGGGGCGGCACGAAAACUGGCCCGCGAGGUGCGGCGCCAUGGCCGAUACGCUGCUACGGGUACUGCGCAACAUGAACAAGUCAGUCGGAGGAGGGUGGAGGACGGCCACGGGCGCGACGGGAGAUGUUUUCAUCACGGCGGCAGGCAUGGACACGACGGGCAAGCUAGGCAACGGUGCGGGCAUGGGAGGUGUCCGAGCGGCGAUUCUGGAAAUGGCUGGCUACACGUUGCAGGACAAGGUGGCCAAAAAGGACGAGGCGGUCACGUAUACGGGCCCGAUAGUCUCUUUUGAUGACAUUCCGGGGCAGUAGGGUCACUGUCUCGUGUUGAAAUACUGUAAAUCUAGAAUUGUCGCUAUUUAAUCGUAAUAGUGGAAAAUUCCACCAACGUCUCUUCC